AUGAGAGUUUUUCAAGAAGUUGCCUCAGCUCGCUGCAUCGUAAUCACAUGUGGUACAUCAGAAAUCAACGACCAUACAUUUUACCUAGGCCUACGCCCAUUAAAGCGUGCCUAUGAUGGUGCGAUAUUUCGUUCAAAAUAUGCGUCAUUUGCGAGCGCAGCGAAGCUGAAUCAGAGGUCUCUUGCGGAGCUGGUUGACAUGUUUCGUACGCACGAGGCUACAGAUCGGAUGGGCAAGGUUUAUGCUUUUUUAGGAAUGGUGGCUAAUGAUUCGACUCUGACCACCGAUAACACAGGCCUGGCGUCUGACUACGCACGACCGUGGUGUAACGUUUUCCAAAGCACCAAGAACAUCCUCGGAGAGAAGGUAGCAAAUGAAACAGACCGGGGAAUCUGCCAGAGACUAACCGUAGACACCAAGGCCUCAUUCUACGCGAAACCAGUUUGUGAAGAAGACUUAAUGUGUUUUCUCCAAGGAGCACGGAAUCCGACGGCUACCAGACUGUCCAAGGACCAUUUUUCUAUUGUUGUUGUUACGACUCUCCCACCAGAUAUAGUGUUUAUCGCUACGAAGAUCGAUGUUAUGGUAGAUACGAGGGGCCAGGCUGUCGAGGAGAUUGACCUGGAUUUCGAACUCGUCGUUCCGUCCAAGAUUUCUAAUCCAGAACUCGAGUCCUCCAAAAAUAAACAUAAUGAACGCCAACACAGACUGAGGAGAUUGUACGAUCGAAGAAAGUUCCUCCCGACUUGUCACACGAAUGAGAAGGCUUCAGCUGAUCUAUUCUCAUCAAGAGGCAUGAGAGAGUCCGUCCGAUUGGUUUACUCAAACAUCAAUGAUUUGUAUCCGGAUAGUAUGGAUUUACUGGAAAUGUUAGAGGAAGAUUCUAGCGAGGCGACAGACCUCGGCGACGCAAUACUAAUCACGCCCGACCUCAUCGGGGCAUUGCUUAACUCGGCCCAUGGCACCCUCGGGCUAGAGACGCUGUUGAAGUUAUUCGAGAAGAGGGGUGUAGAAAUGCACGUUAUGUGGAGGGUGCUCAAUGCCGCAAUGUUCGGCGACAUGGAAGAUAGCGCUGCUAUCAAAUUCCUACUCAAACAUGGCCGUGAUGGAAUCGCCAAAGUAACCAAAACCACGACGAUCUGCCUCGACACUGCAGUCUACUACGACUUUGCAAUGGAGGGCCCAUCAUGGUGCUUCUUGAACACUUCCAUGAUAUCAUCGACCGCAAGGCCCUGUGGAGAUAUUGCCGGCUGUAGGUACAGCAAAGCCCACAGCGAUGAAAAUGCCGUUCGGGAACUUCUGAAAGCCGUUACCGGUGGGGACAAGGCCGUCGUUGAUCUUCUCGGCAAUGCAGGCGGCCAGGUGGCCGAAGAUAUUUCAAACAAUCGUGGUACUACGCCACUCUACAUUGCAGCGGCACGUGGCAAUAUUGACUUGUGCAGACGGCUGCUGUGUCAGGAUAAACCUAAGUUGUUGGAGCCAUUUGUGCUGGCGGAACGAGAUGGUACAGAGGUGUUGAGGGAGGCUGGUUCUGAUUCCGACUCUGCACAAAAAGUAGAACCAGGACUAGGACUGGACCCAGAACCAGGAAAACAGCAAGAGGAAGAGAAAAGAGAUGGAGACGAUGUGGAAUGA